GGAAAAAUUGAUUGAGCUGGUAAUCAAAUGCUAAAUAUGUAACGUCGUCGAUGCAGAACUUGCCAUUUCGGAGUGGAUAUAUAUAUAUAAAGAUAAAUGAAACGGGAAUUUCCUCAAAAUGCAUUAAAGGCAGUCCUCGAGAACGUCGCUUAUCCUCCACGGGAGAGGGAAAGUAUCGCGACUUUUUAACAGUACCACGGCCACGAUGGACGCGCUGAAGAGAUCUCGAAUCUUUACGAAGCGAGUUGCGCUGCAUCGAGGGAUGAUCGGCGGCGUUUGAAAGCGCGGGCAGAAAAUCGUCUUCGCGAUAUUCCCGGGACGGUGAACGACGAUGUCAAUCCUUUAGAAUGCGAAACGAAGAAAGAUGCGGAUAAAGAAGCGAAGCGGUGCUAAGGUCUGGUUUCUGCUGCUAGUGUUGUUGCUGGUCCAAGAUGGCAGAUGUAUAAAAUGGCUCGGCCUGGGUCGUACCGGCGACACGCAUACGUGGACCAGAGAGGCGUGCACCAGCGCGAAGGGCACGGGUCUGCUGGAGAGAAAGCAGGCGAGGGCAUGCAGGGCCACGCCGGAUCUGAUGCCCGGUUUGGUGCAAGCCGCCAGAGACACGUCGACGGUGUGCCAGCAGGCGUUUCGACAUCGCAGAUGGAACUGUAGCAGCAUCGAGCGCGCACCCGACUACACGCCUGAAUUGCUUACAGGAACUAGAGAGCAAGCCUUCGUCUACGCGAUGUCGGCCGCCGCCGCGGUUUGGCGACUCGCGCGAGGGUGCGCUUUGGGGAACUUGGCGGCCUGUUCCUGCGCGACUCCACCACGACGAGAGCCACCCUCGCCGUCCGCGCUUAUCUCGCCUUCAUCUUUCACCACUAUGCCCGUCUCUUUCGACACGCUGUCCGCGAGAAACUCUUUCAAGUGGGGCGGCUGCGGGGACGACGUGAGAUCCGCCUCGAGAAUGGCGAAGCGAUUUCUUCAGGGUGCAUCGCCGCCCGGUACCAGCGGUACCGCCAAGUUCAUGCACGCAGUCAAUAUGCACAACAACAGGGCGGGCCGAAGGGCGGUCGAGCAAUCCUUGACUUUGGAGUGCAAGUGCCACGGGGUCUCGGGUUCCUGCAGCGUGCGCACCUGCUGGCGCGGCCUAGGUGCGUCGGGACCAUCCGCCGCCGGAAGUCGCUUGCUACGCAGAUACGCCACCGCGGCCGAGGUCAGGCCGAGAUCCGGCGGCAGACUGCCGCCCCUGUAUCACCACGAUAAUCUACUCUACACGAUCAAAAGUCCGGAUUACUGUCUACCGGAUAAGAAGAGGGGUAGCCUCGGCACGAUCGGCAGACAGUGUAACGGCAGCAGUCCCGGCUACGAGGGCUGCGAGUACCUUUGUUGCGGCCGCGGCCACGUGACCAGGACCGAGGAGAUCCUGGAGAGAUGCGACUGCAAGUACAUCAGCUGCUGCUACGUCAAGUGCAAGACGUGCAGGCGGGUCGUGAAGACGUACGAGUGCAAUUGAGGAUAGAUCGGGGGAUCAAUCGCGACCCUGACCCGCCGGAGGAAGCGGAGGAAGAAGAAAGGAAUUCGCGCGUGCAAAUCGAACGCUAAGCGCAAAAGAACUAAUCAAUUCUGCGCGCGCGUGAAAAUUGCCGAUCCGCGCGGCGGAUAAUUAUUUAGGCGACAAAUUAUUUACCGUCGAUGUGUACGACUCCUUCUCCCUUUCUCUCUCACACCCUUUUUCUCUUGUGUCGCGGUGCGUACAAGAGUUAUUUAUACCAUGCUACUUGCUAUUUAUUCGAUGUGUGUGCGUGUGUCGCGGCGGACGACGGCGAGCGAGCGCGCUCGUCCCUCCGCGACGGGCCCAGCGAGAAAUGGCCUGUCGAGACGACGUCAAAUCGACACCGCUGCGACGUCGGUCGACGUGUCAUCUCCGACUGGGGAGGGAGACUCUCGCGGAGCUCGAUGUAAAUCGGCGCCGUCGUCGCGACCCCCUCGAGAACGUAGAUCAGAGCAGUGUACAUAGAAUGCUCGAUACUUCGAUGUAACUUACAUUUACACUCUGCAAAUACACGUUGCUUGGAACUGGCGGACGACCUCAUCCUUCCCGAUCC